AUGAACGAAUGGAUUCCUCCAAUUGGCGCUAGUGUUGCUGACAUUACUCUGGAUUUAUGGAAUGGCACUGCGAUGGGCCUCGACAACGAUACGUUGUACAUCUGGGGUACUGGCGAGCCUUGGCAAGAAGAUGGGCGCACUUAUCGAUGGGAUGUGUUCUGGAAUACCGCGACGGAUCAGUUCGACGUCCAGUCGUUGCUUCCACUGGGCUUAUACUUCAAAAGUGACGUUACUGGACGCGACCCUUCAAAGUGGAAACUCGAAGGUUGGCUUUACAACGACAUCUUUUACGAGACAACCGAGAAGUUUCGCACAGCGUAUUGGAACGGUCUCCCUAAACUACCGGCAAACUACGAGGGAGACUGGGCCAGGACAGACCAACAAGGCCCUCUCAUGCCUUACGAUAAGAUGACGCCGCCUGUCCCUGUUGCUCCCUCUGGCUCGCGCUUCGCUAUUGAUCAACAGCGGAACUACGUUGAGUGGAUGGACUUUAGCUUUUACAUCAGCUUUCGUCGCGAUACCGGCGUGGCGCUCUACGAUAUUAGGUACAAAGGCGAACUUCUGUUAUAUGAGCUUGGGCUGCAGGAAGCGCUAGCGCAUUACGCCGGUAGCGACCCAGUCCAGUCCACUACUGCAUACUUGGAUUCCGAAUACGGUUUCGGCGUUUAUGCUUUUGAGUUGGUAACAGGCUAUGACUGCCCUGAGUACGCAACUUAUCUAAACACGAGCUUUUACAAAUCCGAGACAACGCAUACUCACCUGAAGAGUAUAUGUUUAUUUGAGUUCGCAGCGGAUUAUCCGAUACAACGCCACUCCAGCAGUGACUAUGUCUCCGUUACAAAGAACACGCACUUUAGUCUACGAUCAGUAUCCACAGUCGGCAACUACGACUACAUGUUUACUUAUUCUUUCUUUUUGGACGGAAGCAUUUCUGUUGAGGCUCGCGCUUCUGGCUAUGUCCAAACGACGUACCUUGGAGCACCCGAAUUCGGGUUUACUAUCCAAAAAGGACUUAGUGGCAGCAUACACGAUCAUGUCCUCAAUUUCAAAGCCGACUUCGAUAUUUUGGGUAUUUGA